AUGAAUGGAUUUGAGGUGGAUCGACUUCCUGCACCCGUCGUUCCAACAUUCUCCUACUUCUCGGAUCUCGUGCCAGACAUCUUUGUCAUUGCAAUUAUCACCUUUGCUAUCAACGCUGGACUGGUGAAGACCUAUGCCGCAGAAUUUGGCUACGACGUUCUUGAUAAUCAGAUUGCGUCCCUCAUCUCUUCUGGCAUCUUUGUGAUCAUCCUCUUCUUCAUUGCACCUUACCUGGAGUCCCUGCCUCGGGCGGUUUUGGGAUGCAUUGUCUGCGUCGCUCUGACCAGUACAUUUAAGAAGGUUCUCGACCUAAGGCGUCUUUGGAAGGUGUCAAAAACUGACGCGGUGGGUUUGGUUCUGUGUCCUUUUGCCACGUCACUUUUUCUCAUUCAUAUUGCUCUUAAUCUCGUUUGA